AAAAAUAUUUACUUGCUCUGUGGUUUUAGGUGGUCUAGUUAUUGAAGAUGUUUUAGUUCAUUUGUAACACUGAGAUCUGGUAUUAAAUUAUGUGUAUGCUGAUGUAUUUAAUUUACACUAUCUAUCUAUCUAUCUAGCUACCCUGGUGAAAAAAACAGCAUAUGCUAAUAGGUAUGUUUUGAUGCUAGGAUGCUGGUUAGGUAUGUUUUGAUGCUGGUUUAAGCUGGUCCUUAGCUGGUUUAUGCUGGUCCUUUGCUGGUUUAUGCUGGUCAUGUUGCUGGUCACAUUAACCAGCAAAGGACCAGUUUCUGUUUCUCCCUUCACAUUUCACACAGCUUUGUUUGUCAUUUCUAAGGAUGAACUUUCGUCAAUGAGUCAUUAUAAUUAUUACCUUAACGCAGUAAUUUACAUGUACAGUUCAUCAGAGCACUGUAAUCGCUUCUCAUUAUCGUCACGUGGUCACGUAUUUGACGUGGGCGAGCAGUUACUUGGACGCGAUGUUCUUUCAGAUGUACGCGUAGUGUGUUCAUUCGCUGUGGUUUCUCAGAUCAAACAAACAUCAAACGUUUUGACAGUCUGUCCACAAACAGCUGAGAAUGGGGUCAUUUCUUGCUUUUCCGUUGGCGAAACCGCCUGAUAUAUUCGAUCUUCCCGAUGCAGCGCUUAUAGAUGCUGAUAAAGACGAUGUUUAUGCUGAAUGUAAUUCAAUUAAUGUGACGUUAUGUAAAGUCACGCAUCGGCAGAAUAUGCGCGCCAAAAAGGAAGCGGCCAUGUUUUAUGAAUAUAGAUGUCACUGGAGUGAAGUGGUUGAAAAGCUGAAGGAGAAAUACCCUCAGUGGACAUCUAAAGACAUCUUAAACCUGAGAAAUCAGUUUGAGGUUUUUGUCAGAGAUCAAGGCUAUCUUCUUCACUUCACUACCUUCAAUGAGAUGCUUGACGUCUUUCAGGAUACCACUUCUCCUGAGCAGCGCAGAGCGAUGUUUGAAAGUGUAGACACUCGUCAGUACAACGCCAUCAACUUUGAGGAGUAUCUUCAGCUGAUGAACAAUAUUAACAUUGGGACACCUGUACCCAGGCCUCCCGGGAUUGAGCAGGACAGAGAUGAGAUUAUGAAUUUAGUCUCAGAUUUAUCAGAAGCGUCCACAUUUUCACAGAUAUGCUAUGGUUUGUUCUAAAGUACAGAGUGAUCCUUUUGUAAAGUAAUGACUUUUAACUGUGGUUCUAUUUAUCUGCAUGGUUCUGUUAAUUGUUCUCUCCCAACUUGUCUUUUACAGUAAGUAGCAAACCAGAAAAUGAGUGUUUUAUUUCAGUUUUAAUGUUUUAUCAUUAUUGCUGUUUAAGACAAACAUGUACAGCAUCUCAGACUGAGUUAUACUUUUAGGUAAUAAUACAUAAAAGUAGAAAAAUAUAGGUAUGUAGAAAACAUAGUAGAAAACAGUUUUUUUUUUUU